AUGCCGACAGAAAUCCGCCACGAUCUACACACCGUGGACACUGAUUCGUUUCCUUAUGUGUAUGAGCAGAAUGCGACGAUAACGCUCCAGUCAAGCAAUGGACUCGUUAGGUGUAAUGUCUACCGCCCGAAAUCUACAGAGCAGGGUGGAAAAGUGCCAGUGUUGGUGACUUACGGCCCUUAUGGGAAAGACACAUUCUAUGGAGACUUCUAUGACAAAUCAUUCGAUCAAGUCAACCCGGAGCACAAGUCGGCCCAUUCUGCGUGGGAGACACCUGACCCUGGUUUCUGGACCAGCCAAGGAUACGCAGUAGUCAGGGCCGACGAGCGCGGAAUUGGGCAGUCGAGAGGCUUCCUUGACACCAUGUCACGAGGGACUAGCGAUGCCUUCUUCGAGGUAAUCGAAUGGUGCGCCGUGCAGCCUUGGUCCAGCGGAAAGGUAGGCCUACUGGGCAUUAGCUACUACGCUGGUAGUCAAUGGCGUGUGGCUGCCCGGAAGCCCAAGGGGCUCGCUGCUAUUAUCCCCUGGGAAGGAAUGUCUGAUUAUUAUCGUGAUCGAUGUCGCCACGGAGGAAUUCUCUCCAACAACUUCAUCAAAUUCUGGUGGAAUCGCCAAGUUGUGGCGAACCAGUACGGCAGACCUCGAGACGAGGAGAUCGUUUUGGAUGCAAAGACUGAUGGCCAAGGACCAAAGCGGCCCAAGUCCUCGCCAGAGUCUAUCGAGGGAAACCUCUCAGCCGAGGAGAGAGCCCAGAACCGCCAGGAUCAGACCAUCGAUAACCGUCUCUAUCGUUUUCGCGAUGAUGAAUAUUACGCGUCUAAAGAGUACGAUAUGGGUGAUAUCGAGGUCCCUCUCUUAUCCGUCGCAAACUGGGGUGGCAUUUUACUCCAUCUACGUGGAAACGUUGAGGGAUUCUACCAUGCGGGUUCCUCGCAGAAGUGGCUUCGAAUCAUCACAGGUCGACAUGACCUACCCUUUUAUUACAAAGAGGAGGUCGAGAUACAGCGUUCGUUCCUGGACGCAUUUCUCAAGGGACAGGAUGAAGCUGGCUGGACCACUGGGAACGUGCCACGCGUGGACAUGGUCUUGCGUAAAGGCGAUGUCGGUUUCAAUGAUGAAGUCGCCGAGAGAACUUAUCCACGCCGCACCGAGAACGAAUGGCCUAUCAGUCGGACACAAUGGAAGAAGUGGUAUUUGACACCAAACAAGACACUCACGCCGGAUCUUGAGGUUGUCAAGGCCGCAAGCGAAACACGGGUUAAAUUAUCGUACGAAGCGCUGGGAACCUUGGAAAAUCCACAGCUCAUUCAGUUCAUCACGGAUCCAUUCGAGCGUGAGACGGAAAUUACUGGCAACAUUGUGGCCCACCUUGUUGUCAGUGUCAGCGCGCUACCUGGGGGUCAUACGCCCUCUGAUAUUGAUCUCUUCAUUACACUGCGUCACAUCUCGCCUAAUGGUAACGAAGUCUUUUACACAGGAACAGCCGGUGAUCCAGUUCCUCUCACCAAAGGCUGGCUUAGAGUCAGUCUCCGCCGGGUCAACACCUCGCAUCCCAAACAUCGAGACUAUCUCCCUUGGAGGGAGUAUCUGAGCACAGAUUUGCAGCCAGUCAUUGUUGGCGAGCUUUACGAGGUCGAUGUCGAGGUGUGGCCAACGAAUGUGGUCCUCGAGCCUGGCGCGAGACUUGUUCUUGAGGUUGCCAGCGGCGAUACUCAGGGCUGUGGCAUUUUCAAGCACGAUGACGAGACUGAUAGAGCUCCGAGCAAGUUUCGGGGCAUAAACCAUAUCUGUUUCGGGCCCAACCUGGUCAACUAUGUCACUCUACCGUUUAUACCCCCAAAAGAGUAA